GCCUGCGCAGUCUCUGCCGCCGGCUCGCGGCGCGUGGACCGUGCUCUGCGUCGCGCGCGUCCGAACGGCUACGGGUUCCGGCGGCGGCGCGUGGAGCUCGCGAGCCAUGUCGUGGCUCUUCGGCAUCAAGGGCCCCAAGGGCGAAGGCGCGGGGCCGCCGCUUCCGCUGCCGCCCGUGCAGCCCGGGGCCGAGGGCGGCGGGGACCGCGGCGCGGGGGACCGGACUGGGCCCAAGGACAAAUGGAGCAACUUCGACCCGACGGGCCUGGAGCGCGCGGCCAAGGCGGCACGCGAGCUGGAGCACUCGCGACACGCCAAGGAGGCGCUGAGUCUGGCACAGAUGCAGGAGCAGACGCUUCAGCUGGAACAUCAGGCCAAGCUCAAGGAGUAUGAGGCCGCCGUGGAGCAGCUGAAGGGCGAGCAGGUCCGGGUGCAGGCCGAGGAGCGGAGGAAGACCCUGAGUGAGGAGACGCGGCAGCACCAAGCCAGGGCCCAGUACCAGGAUAAGCUGUCCCGGCAGCGCUAUGAGGACCAGCUGAAGCAGCAGCAACUUCUCAACGAGGAGAACUUACGGAAGCAGGAGGAGUCCGUGCAGAAGCAGGAGGCCCUGCGGCGAGCCACCGUGGAGCGGGAGAUGGAGCUUCGGCACAAGAACGAGAUGCUGCGGGUGGAGGCCGAGGCGCGUGCCCGGGCCAAGGCUGAGCGCGACAAUGCUGACAUCACCCGCGAGCAGAUCCGCCUGAAGGCUGCUGAGCAGCGCCAGACCAUCCUGGAGUCCAUCAGGACGGCUGGCACCGUGUUUGGUGAAGGAUUCCAGGCCUUUGUGACAGACUGGGACAAAGUGACAGCCACGGUGGCUGGACUGACGCUGCUGGCCGUCGGCAUCUAUUCCGCCAAGAACGCCACGUCGGCCAUAGGGCGCUACGUGGAGACGCGGCUGGGGAAGCCGUCCCUGGUGCGGGAGACCUCUCGAAUCACGGUGCUGGAGCUGCUGAGGCACCCUGUGCAGGUCAGCAGGCGGCUCCUCAGUAAGCCUCAGGACGCAUUGGAGGGCGUCGUCCUCAGCCCCAGCCUGGAGGCUCGUGUGCGGGACAUCGCCAUUGCCACGAGGAACACCAGGAAGAACAGGAGUGUGUACCGGAACAUCCUGAUGUAUGGGCCACCUGGGACGGGCAAGACACUGUUUGCCAAGAAACUCGCGCUGCACUCAGGCAUGGACUACGCCAUCAUGACGGGUGGGGAUGUGGCCCCCAUGGGGCGGGACGGCGUGACCGCCAUGCACAAGGUCUUUGACUGGGCCAACACCAGCCGGCGAGGCCUCCUGCUCUUCGUGGACGAAGCAGAUGCCUUUCUCAGGAAGCGAGCGACUGAGAAGAUCAGCGAGGACCUCAGGGCCACCCUGAACGCGUUCCUGCACCGGACAGGCCAGCACAGCAGCAAGUUCAUGCUGGUCCUGGCCACCAACCAGCCUGAGCAGCUGGACUGGGCCAUCAACGACCGCAUCGGCGAGAUGGUCGGCUUCGAGCUGCCGCGGCGAGAGGUGCGGGAGCGCCUGGUGAGGCUGUAUUUUGACAAGUAUGUUCUUAAACCAGCCACAGAAGGAAAGCAGCGCUUGAAGCUGGCCCAGUUUGACUACGGGAAGAAGUGCUCAGAGAUCGCACAGCUGACAGAGGGCAUGUCGGGCCGGGAGAUCUCCCAGCUUGCUGUGGCGUGGCAGGCUGAGCAGCCGGGGACCUGUGCACCUGCUCCCCGAAGCCCACCUGCUGGUGUCGCAUGGACCCCGCUGCAGCUGCCACCCCCGUGCGAUGGUUUUGUCAGUGCAGGGAAGCCCUGGUUUCUGUUUUUUGGUAGUGGCCAUCCUGAUGGGUGUGAGGUGGUGUCUCGCUGUGCUGUUGACUUGCGCUCCCUGAUGAUCAGUGAUGCUGAGCAUCUUGUCGUGAGCCUGUUGGCCAUGCGUGUGACUUCCUCUGAGAAAGGCCAUGGCGUAUGCCUCUGAGGAUGGGGUCCUCACUGAGGCCAUGAUGGACGCCCGGGUCCAGGAUGCCAUCCAGCAGCACAAGCAGAAGAUGCAGUGGCUGAAGGCAGAGGGGAGCCGGCCCCUGCUCCCAAGUUCACAGGCCGAGUGAGCCGGGCCUAGACACCUGCAGCACGCUGACCAGGUGCCCCAGCUCCCAGCGGACGUGGUGACACCACACAGCCGCCCCCCCUCCCGGCGUGUGUAACCUUCCUCUGGUCAGGCCCAGGGCGGCAGGGCAGCAUUAAAGGCCUCUGCUCAGGACCAGCUGCGCGGUGCAGCCUUGAGGUGGGGUUGGUUCCCCUGACCCCGCAGCCGCCCCCAGGACACUCCUGGGAGACAUGUCCCUCCAAGCCCGGCCCAGACGGGGAGCAGGCACUGUCCGCCAUGCCCGGGGCAGCGGCCAAGCUGGCAGCACAGCGUCCCAGGCAGAUGCUGGCUGCUGCAGCAGUGACCAGCAGUAGGGGGCCCGGCCAAGGACCUGACCUUGCCCAGUCCCUCCCAGGGCCAGACCCGAGCCCAUGAUGAGCAGAGCUGACCUCUGUGCAGCCCAGCUGUCCUCGGGAGGGCAGUGCCCUUGAGGUCUGUGAACCCAUAAAGCCGGGUGCCAAGAACCAGCCCAGCGACCCGCGAUGGCCAAGGAUGUGUGAAGCGGGGGGACUGCCAGCCCACAGAAGGCGAAGUUCUCCCGGAUUGGAAUUGGGGGUCUUUUUAUCCAGAAUCUAAUAAAAACUGACAGAUACGUC